AUGAUGGAAAAUCUAUCUGCUUGGAUUACUCAGGCCGCGGCUUAUCCAUUUGUUGUAAAAGAUGGACCGAAGCCGCAACCCGCCGAGGGACAAGUCCUUAUCAGAAAUGUCGCUGUUGCUAUAAAUCCGGUUGACUGGAAAAUUCAGACUCACGGCAGGUACCUCAAUACGUACCCAUUUAUCUUGGGAGAGGAUUCCGCAGGAAUCAUCGAGGAAGUGGGAAGUGGAGUGACUAAAUUCAAGAAGGGCCAGCGGGUCAUUGCUCACUGCAAUGCUCUCAUGACCCAGGAUCACGCCAACGCCGCCUUCCAACUGUACACAGUCGUCACGGAACAGCUUGUGGCGGAAGUUCCUUUCUCGCUCGAACUAGAGCACGCGGUCGUUCUCCCACUGGCUGUAUCAACCGCAUGUGCCGGACUCUAUAGAAAGGACUACCUGAACCUCCCUCUGCCUUCGCUUACAGCGGGUAAGCAAGACAAAUCUGGACAAAGUAUCCUGAUCUGGGGCGGCGCUUCCUCUGUAGGCGCAACGGCAAUCCAGCUAGCUGCUGCCUCGGGUGCAACUGUUAUUACUACUGCAUCCCCCGCGAACCAUGACCUUGUUAAAUCCCUGGCUGCAAAUAUUGUCUUUGACUAUCGGUCCCCAUCCGUCGUCAAAGACAUCGCGAAGGCGAUCACCAACACCGAAUUCGUGGGAGUUUACGACGCUAUCAGUGAGGAGAUGAGCUUCACACCUAUUUCUGCACUUGCAGAUCUUCUAAAUAGGCCUAUUGAGGUUGCAAGCGUCCUGCCUUGCGAGAAGCAGACUCCGCUUUUUGCUCCGAAAUACGUGAUUGCUUACUCUAUUAUUCAAGAUCCGCACAAGGACGUCGGCGACUGGAUUUGGGGCGAGUUCUUGCCGAAAGCACUGGCCAGCGGGCAGUUUCAAGCAAAGCCGGACUCCUAUAUAGUGGGUAACGGAGUUAAGGACAUUCAAUACGCCCUCGAUGUGCAGAAGAAAGGGGUUUCGGCAAAGAAGGUGGUUGUCACUCUGUGAUUUCUAAUGUAGUCAAUACUUUCCUUGGCAGAGAAAGCAAGCAAUAAUUGGAAUUAGAAGGAC